UAUCCCAUAUUAUUGCAGGCUCAGCUGUUGCACCAUGAUUUCAAGAUGGCGGACAAAGUGUGGUGAAACAAAAUAGUACUAGAUUGAACGUGUUCGAUAAAGAAGAAACGUCCAGUUUUCGUCAUGAGGGCUACAACAGUUGAACACCUUAGUGAGCUCCAAAAAAAGCCCCAAAAUAUCAGAAAUAUUUGUAUCCUAGCACACGUUGACCAUGGCAAGACAACACUUGCUGAUGCACUAGUAGCCAGUAAUGGCAUCAUAUCCAGCCGACUCGCCGGCAAGCUUCGGUACAUGGACAGUCUUGAGGAGGAGCAGGUGCGAGGGAUAACUAUGAAAUCGAGUGCUAUUUCCUUACACUUCAAGCAAGAUGAGGACGAAUACCUGAUCAACUUGAUAGAUUCACCAGGACAUGUUGACUUUUCAAGUGAGGUAUCAACAGCUGUGCGGCUUUGUGAUGGUGCUUUGGUUGUUGUUGAUGUUGUUGAGGGUGUUUCACCUCAGACCCAUGUAGUCCUGCGGCAGGCGUGGCUUGAGAAUAUCCGCCCUUGCUUGGUACUGAAUAAGAUUGACAGACUGAUCACAGAACUGAAAUACUCUCCCUCUGAAGCCUACAUUCACCUCCAGCAGAUACUGGAGCAGGUGAAUGCCAUCACUGGAACCUUGUUCUCCUCACAUGUGAUGGAGAAGUCUUGUGAUAGCAGUGAGACACGCCAAGUCAUGGAGGACCCAGAUGCAGUAUCUAUUGAUGACUGGAGCUCUGGGUUAGAGGCAACUGAUGACUCCAACCUGUACUUCUCUCCAGACCUGGGCAAUGUGGUGUUCUCUAGUGCAAUUGAUGGCUGGGGCUUUAGCAUCAAAGAUUUUGCCAAUUUGUACUCCAAGAAAUUGGGUCUAAAAGCUGAAAUCCUUCAAAAGACCUUAUGGGGCGACUUUUAUUUGGAUUCGAAAACAAAGCGAAUAUUCAAAAAAGCUCAGUUGAAGAACAAAAAACCUCUCUUUGUUCAGUUUAUUCUGGAUAACAUCUGGGCACUUUAUGAUGCAGUUGUCAUCAGAAGGGAUAAAAUAAAAAGCGAGCAGAUCUCGAACUCCCUGAAACUCAAGAUUUCAGUGCGGGACAGUCGCAGCUCAGACCCUCGUGUGUACUUGCAUGCCAUAUGCAGUCAAUGGCUUCCUCUCUCAUCCGCUUUAUUGUCAAUGGUUGUGGAUAAGUUACCAAGCCCCUUGGAGAUACCAGGCGAAAGGGUGGACAAACUGAUGUGUAGCGGUCUGAGGACAUUCGAAUCUCUGCCGCCAGAAACAAGACGACUGAAGGAAGACUUUAUAGCGUGCUCGUCGACAAAAAGUGCACCAAUUAUUGUGUUUGUUUCCAAGAUGUUUGCAGUGGAUGACAAUGCCUUGCCCAAACACAGAAGAAGGCCGCUUACCCAAGAGGACAUUGCCCAGCGUCGUGAGCAGGCCCGGCUAAAGCAUGCAGAGAGGAUGGAGGACGCGCUACAGAACGCUCAGAUUACACCCCAGAAUGAUGCGAUGCAGACAAAGAGUACCGCUGAGCUCGACUCUGGGACCCCUUUACAAAGCGGUUCAACAUCAAACAGUGCAGAAGAUGAUAAGGAGAGAAAUAAGACUCACUUCAUGGCCUUCGCCCGCGUAUACAGCGGUACAAUCAGUAGAGGUCAGCAGCUUUACAUUCUUGGACCAAAGCACGACCCACGUGAUAUGGACGAGGACGAGGUGUUGCCCAGUAACACUGACAGCGAAGGCCUUCAGGUAUCUAGCUCUGUGGACCUAGGCACUACCAGACACGUUGCCGUUUUUACCGUGUCCGACCUCUACCUUCUCAUGGGCAGGGAGCUAGAGGCGGUUGACUCUGUACCUGCGGGUAACGUCCUUGGGAUAGGAGGGCUGCAGCAUUAUGUACUCAAGUCUGCCACCAUCUCCAGCACCCGCUCAUGCCCCCCCUUCACCGCCCUAACCCUAGCUGCUGUGCCUAUCGUGCGGGUGGCUGUGGAGCCAGUACAUGCUGCUGAUAUGCCGGCGUUGUCACGUGGAAUGAGGCUGCUGAAUCAAGCAGACCCGUGUGUGGAGACACUUGUACAGAGUACAGGUGAACACGUUAUUAUCGCAGCUGGCGAGGUCCACUUGCAACGUUGUGUUGAUGAUCUAAAGCGGCGAUACGCAUGCGUAGAAUUGAACGUUUCCGAUCCCAUAAUCCCAUUCCGGGAGACGGUUAUACCCCCACCCCGGGUAGACAUGGUCAACGAGGCAAUUACAGGUGACUCGCGGCUCGCGACUUCCUCAGACCCAACCAAGGAGAAACACUUGGUAGUGAUUCAGACUGCAAACAAGCAAUGCACGAUUCACAUCCGGGCAUCCCCUCUACCACAGAGAGUUAUAACCUUACUGGACGAGAGCGCAGACCUGAUUAAACUGCUGACCACCUCCAAUGCAGAUAGGAACCAAUCAAAUGCGAAUAUAAUAGGCUCAGAAAAGAGGACUUCCGGUUUGAAGCCUUCGGUCCGGAAGCAGCUGAGUGCGUUCUACAGCGCUUUGCAAGAAGCGUUCCGAGAAGCCGGAAAACAAUGGGCUAAUGCUGCUGACCAUAUAUGGGCAUUUGGACCGCGUGGCACUGGGCCGAAUAUCCUGUUAAAUCGGGACCCAGACUACCCUCGGCCGUCUAUUUGGCAGUGCUUAGAUGAGAACGCAGGGUACAAAGCGGGCGAAUACAAGCCUUACGAUAGCAGUAUUGUCAGCGGCUUUCAGAUGACUACCCUCUCGGGCCCCCUGUGUGCAGAGCCUCUCAUGGGAGUCUGUUUCUCCAUAGAGCAUCUGGUCCUGAAUACCGGGCAGUCCAGUUUAACCGGCUUUAUUGAAGAAAGAAGGGAUAUACAAUUCGACCAGAGCGCUAAACUCCCGAACAUCUCGUCACCCGCGGGACGGUGCGGGAUGGAGGGUGACGCUGCAACUGAUACCUAUAAUACAAUUGACGUCAUUCAGAGUCCAGCCGAAGCCAUUUCGGACAUUAAAAAUGAUUGCACAGCAAAAGUAACUCAGCAUAAUCGGGAUGAAGUAAUAGAAAAGACUAAAAGUGACGUCGUAAACGAUGAUAUUACAGUGUCUCCCGUUAACCAAGGGGGUCGACCUGUCAAUAAAGAUUCCUCCGACUUUGAAUAUUCGGAAGCAAUGAAACCGGAAGUAACGCAGUCUGACCGUCACGGCCCGUUGUCAGGGCAAUUGAUGUCCGCUGUGAAGGAGGGCUGCAGGCGCGCUUUCCAGCAGCAGCCAAUGCGACUUAUGGCCGCAAUGUACACCUGUCAUAUCCAGGCCACCGCGGAAGUCCUGGGCCGAAUGUACGCGGUCAUCGCCAGGCGAGAGGGACGGGUACUGAGCGAGGAGAUGAAGGAGGGGUCGGACGUGUUUGAUGUCGAGGCUGUCUUACCUGUUGCCGAGAGCUUCGGGUUCUCGGAGGAGAUCAGAAAACGCACGAGUGGUCUUGCCAACCCCCAGCUCAUGUUUAGCCAUUGGGAGGCGAUUGACCUUGAUCCCUACUGGGUCCCCAGCACAGAGGAAGAGUACAUGCAUUUUGGAGAGAAGGCGGACUCGGAAAACCGCGCGCGCAAAUACAUGAACAGCAUACGCCGGCGCAAGGGUCUUUACGUGGAGGAGAAAACCGUGGAGCAUGCAGAGAAACAGCGCACGCUUAAGAAAUAGCCCCGCUUGCCCCAGGGAAAAAAGCGCAGGCCUUAACGUGGAGGAGAAAAAAAAUGAAAAAAACAUUUAGAGUAACAGCGCACGCUUAAGAAAUAGCCCUGCUUGCCCCAGGGAAAAAAAGCGCAGGCCUUAACGUGGAGGAGAAAACCCUCGAACAUGCAGAGAAACAGCGCACGCUUAAUUAAGAAAUAGCCCCGCUUGCCCCAUGGAAAAAAGCGCAGGCCUUAACGUGGAGAAAAAUGUAGAACAUGCAGAGAAACAGCGCACACUUGAAAUAGCCCCGCUUGCCUCUGAAUUAUAGCAACUUUUAGGUACUGUUGGUGAAAAGAACGACUGGAGUAGGGGAUAAUAGGGGACUGGCGCUAAGAAAUCAAGUGACUUUUUUGCUAGCGCGCGCUCAGGCUUUUAGCGGCAAAAUAAUAGCAACAAAACGUAACUUAUUCAGCGCUUACAAAAACGCCAGAAUCCUUUUCUCUCAGAAAGGGUUUAGUUUCAUUAAAAGAUUUUAUUUUUUCGUCGUUCUCUGGUGUGACUGGCGCAGUCAUUUCUGAUUUUUUUGUUUGAUUAUUUUGUUUUGAAUUUGCCACCCAGAGAGGUCACGUGAUCCCUUAGUUCAAGUCCCAUCUUGUUAUAAACAAUCGGUUUACAAAAGGUCCCAUCCUUGGCAAAAGGCCUGCUAUUUACGCCUGCGCUCCUCCAAGCAAAUCCUGGCAAUAAGACUUGCAAAAUUAUAAUUGUGAUUGACUUUAAAUAACAAGCCCCAAUUGUUUAUUUCUAUAUGUUUUUAAUUUUGAACUUAAGCAAAAAUCCUUGAUUUACCUGUA